AUGGCUGAUAUAAAGAAACGCCUUGUAUUUUCCAUUCUGCAGUUUUUACAGCAAUCAACUAAAGAUGGAACCAUUAAAAAAGAAGAAGAUAAAGAAGGAAUUGAUGUAGCAGUACAAUGUAUUAGCGAAGCAUUUGGUGUAAAUCCAGAAGAUCCAGAUCAAAAGGCGUUAUAUAGUACAAAAGUUCCGUUAUUGUCAAUUUUUGAUGUAGCAAUUAAAACACAAGAACGAAUGACAAAACCAUCAAGUUCGAGAUCAGUACCUGUUUCUCAAAAUACUGCAGAAACUAAAAUAGAGCUUAACGAGGAACAAAAACAAAAGGCGGAAGAAUUAAAAAUAUCUGGUAAUCGUAAAGUAGCAGAAAAAGAUUAUAAUACAGCAAUACAAUUAUAUAGUGAAGCUAUUACAAUAAAUGGGAAUAACGCGGUCUAUUAUGCUAAUCGAGCUGCAGCAUACAGUCAGUUAGGUCAACAUGAUAAGGCCAUAGAAGAUGCUAUAAAAUCAUCCCAAAUUGAUCCAUCUUAUAGUAAAUCAUAUAGUAGACUUGGACACGCUUACUUUUCUAUAGCAAAAUAUAAAGAAGCAAUUGAAGCUUAUGAAAAAGGACUUUCUCUUGAUCCCGAAAAUCAAACUAUGAAAUCUGCUCUUGCAGCUGCUGAACAAAAAACUAGUGAACUUCAAAAUGAAAAUACCUCUGGAGGAAAUUCUACAGAUGGAGGUACUCCAUCCUUAUUGAAUAAUCCUGCUCUAAUGGGAAUGGCUCGUUCAAUGAUGCAAUCCGGAGCAUUCAAUGACAUUAUGAAUAAUCCUAAUCUCGCUUCAAUGGCACAAAAUAUGAUGCAAGGAGGAGCUCCCCCCAAUUUAGAAGAAAUGAUGAACAAUCCGGAUAUAAUGAAUGCGGCACGACAAUUUGCGAAUAAUCAAGGUGGAAAUAAUCCUCCUCCUCCCAAUAGUGAAAAUCAAUAA